AUGGCUUUAGCGAAACCAAUACACCAUAUUCUUUUAUGGAUUAUUAUUAUAGUAUCUGCAUUUUUAUGCGAAGCUUUAGAACAAAAUGAAAUGAUGUCUAGAUCAUUGGUUGACAUACCAUCAGACCAGAAAACAUCAGACAAUAUCAUAUCAAAUGGAUCGUGUAAUCCUCCUUUAAUAUGGUAUACAGGAAAGAUCGAAGCUGACAUGAUGUGUGUUGAAAAUUGUUGUUUAAGCUGUCCUUACAUGGAUAAUUUUUAUCCUCCUGAACAUAGUGUAAAGCAAGCAUUUGAAAUAUUUGCAGGAUUUGGAAUUGUUUCUUUCUUUGCAGUUUUACUAUUAGCAGUGAUCUUUUUAGUCUUGCCAAGUCAAAAAAGAAAUCCUACAGUAAAACAACUAUUAUUACCUUUGGCGUUGAGUGUUUGUUAUUUUGAAGGUUCAGAGUUCUUUACAAUACAACAAGACAAUAGUCAGUGUAUCAAUGAAGUAAGGAGAGCAAAUAUCAGAGAAAAUCCUAUGUGCGCAAUUCAAUCAUUCUUUACUCUUGGUGGGGCGUAUGCAAUAGCAUUUUGGUCCUCACUUUUGAUGCUACACCUUCACUUAAUUUUUGCCGUAUUAAUUACAGUCAUCUCAUUGCUUGCUGUAAUAUUACCAAUGUCAUUAGAUAAAGUUGAAGCAACGAACAUUUGUUUUAUUACUUUAGAAGAUGCUCCGUUAUAUUUUCGUCUUUUAGCCUUUAUUUAUCUUGCACUUUUUUUACAUUUGAUAACAUUUGGUUAUAUGAUUUCCCUCAAAGCAAACUGGAGAGAAACGACAGAUAGCACAACAAGAAUGUCGUUAUCACUUUACGAAGCGCAACAAACUAUAGCUUAUGUAACAAAUAUAAUUCGAGUUCAAUGGCGUGCAUCAUUAGGAGCAUUAUUAAUGUUUUCUGUUUACUCAGUAAAUUGGAUCUUUUAUACAUUUAAAAUGCCAAUAAUUAAAACUGGGACAGAUGCUGAUUGGAUUCGUCAAUGGUUUCUGUGUAUUGCAAAUGGAACUCAAUCAAGUUGUGCAGUUUAUGCCAAUGAUCAUGUUCCAAGUUAUGCGAUAUUCAUAGAAUUGUGGAAUUAUUUAAGAGGUCAACCAACAACGACACCAAGACAUUCUAUUAGACAUUCCAUUAGACAUUCUACUACUUCAAUGAAAGAAAAAAGGGCCCCUAUUAUCGAAAAGAGAGAUUCAAUCAAAAAAGACAAGAGAGCAUCCCUUUCAUCCAUCAUUUUAUCAUCUAAUAGAGCACGAAAUAGUUCAAAUAAUGCACAUCUCUCGACUUCAUUAGGCUCCAGCUUAAAUGCACCUUAUCCAAGUUCUAUCUUAAUGACUUCAAAAGAUAACUAUCCAUUUAAAGUUACAAAAUCUUCGAAUGCGAAACGUCUUACUUUUUCUUCAUUCACAAGCGAUAAUAAUUAUGUAAUUGAACCUGUUAAAGUUAGGAAUUCAACAACAUAUGUUACGUUAAGAUAUAGUGACUUACUCAAAUCAUACGAACAAGAUGGUGAAAUUGAAGAAGAAGAAGAAUCAUUAGCGGAUGUGACUCUUGAUCCUGAUAAACGUCGAGAUUGGAUGGAAAAGUAUAAUAAUAUGGAUUAUAAUGAAACAAAAUUAACGAUGCCUUCACAAAACAACAAUGAUGUAUCAAAUAAUGAAGGAAAUAUUAAAGAAAAUAAUGAAGGAAAUACUAAAGAAAAUAUUAAAGAAAAUAUUAAAGAAAAUAUUAAAGGAAAAAAUGAAGAAAAAAACGAAGAAAGUAAUGAAAUUAAUGAAGAUAAUAAUGAAGAUAAUACCUCAACAGUGCAAUCAAAUCAGUCCAGUUAUGAUCAGUCCAAUUAUACUCAAUUCAAUUAUAAUCCAUCUAAUUAUACUCAAUUCAAUUAUAAUCCAUCCAAUUAUAAUCAAUCCAAUUAUAAUCGUUCAAGUUAUAAUCAAUCCAAUUAUAAUCAAUCCAAUUAUAAUCAAUCCGGUUAUAGUCAAUCCGGUUAUAGUCGUUCCAGUCAUAAUUCCGGUUAUAAUCAUCCCAGAUAUAAUCAUUCCAGUUAUUCCAAUUAUAUCAAUUAUAAUCAGUACGAUUCUAAUCAGUACGAUUAA